CCCAAACACAAAAGCAAGCAAAGUGACUUGACCCCAAAGCCAACUCUCCUCAGUUUGAGAUCGCGGCAUUAGAAAGUUAUGGGUCAGGGCACGCCCGGCGGUUUAAACAGGCAAGGUCCAGGAGGAGAUCGGAAGGGCGAUGGGGCCGACAAGAAAGAUAAAAAAUUCGAACCUGCAGCACCCCCUGCUCGCGUGGGACGCAAACAGCGCAAACAGAAGGGGUCCGAAGCGGCAGCCCGUCUCCCGACUGUUACGCCGUUGAGUAAAUGUAAGCUUAGGUUGUUAAAGCUGGAGAGAAUCAAGGAUUAUCUAUUAAUGGAAGAAGAGUUUGUAGCCAAUCAGGAGAGAUUGAAGCCUCAAGAAGAGAAGGCGGAGGAAGAUCGCUCAAAAGUUGACGACUUGAGAGGGUCGCCGAUGAGUGUUGGAAAUUUAGAAGAGUUAAUUGAUGAAAAUCACGCCAUUGUUUCGUCGUCUGUGGGACCCGAGUAUUACGUGGGGAUUUUAUCUUUUGUGGAUAAAGAUCAGCUGGAGCCUGGUUGUGCUAUCUUGAUGCACAAUAAGGUUCUUUCGGUUGUUGGGCUCCUGCAAGAUGAUGUUGAUCCAAUGGUGUCAGUAAUGAAGGUAGAGAAGGCUCCAUUGGAGUCAUAUGCUGAUAUAGGAGGUUUAGAUGCUCAAAUACAGGAGAUUAAAGAAGCUGUUGAGCUUCCUCUCACUCAUCCUGAGUUGUAUGAAGACAUUGGUAUUAAGCCUCCUAAGGGAGUCAUUUUGUAUGGAGAGCCUGGAACUGGCAAGACACUGCUUGCAAAGGCAGUGGCUAAUUCUACAUCGGCAACCUUUUUGCGCGUUGUUGGUAGUGAAUUAAUUCAAAAGUACUUAGGAGAUGGACCAAAAUUAGUGAGGGAACUUUUCAGGGUUGCUGAUGAUCUGUCACCUUCAAUUGUCUUCAUAGAUGAAAUUGAUGCAGUUGGUACAAAGAGGUAUGAUGCCCACUCAGGUGGUGAACGUGAAAUUCAGAGGACAAUGUUGGAAUUGCUGAACCAAUUAGAUGGCUUUGAUUCAAGAGGAGAUGUCAAAGUGAUACUUGCAACAAACCGAAUUGAAAGUCUUGAUCCAGCUUUGCUGCGGCCUGGUAGAAUAGACAGAAAGAUUGAAUUUCCUCUUCCUGAUAUCAAAACAAGGAGACGUAUUUUCCAGAUUCACACAUCAAGGAUGACUUUGGCUGAUGAUGUCAACUUGGAAGAAUUUGUUAUGACCAAAGAUGAGUUAUCUGGAGCUGAUAUAAAGGCUAUAUGUACAGAAGCUGGAUUGCUUGCUUUAAGAGAGCGACGCAUGAAGGUGACGCAUGCAGAUGUUAAGAAGGCAAAGGAGAAGGUGAUGUACAAGAAGAAAGAAGGGGUACCAGAAGGGCUUUAUAUGUGAAAGAUUAUUAUUCUACAUGUACUCUUUAGUUUGUUUAUGUCUUGCACUGGAUUUCCAAAUUCAUCUGUUUUUACUUUUUAAUGACAUUUGUCGUUCAGCUUCAAAUGAUUAUAAUACUCAGCGGCAUUUUUUAUUUAA